AUGGCGCUUUCCACCGGCCAUGUGGCCAGCCAACUGAGGCACCUCAUUUACUAUCACCUUGAUAACAACCUCAUCCGAAAUGCCCUCUUCCUCGCUGGCCGCCUUCUUGCCUACGAACCUCGAUCCUUCGAAGCUCAAUACCUCAUUUCCCUCUGCCACCUGCAUAAUGGAGAAGUCAAGGCCGCGAUGGAGUGUAGCCAGAACACAGGAUCGCGUGGCCUGCAUCUAGGCUGUGCUUACGUCUUUGCACAGGCCUGUUUGGAUCUGGGUAAACACCUGGAUGGCAUCACCGCCUUGGAGCGCAGCAAGUCGACCUGGGCAUCCAAGAAUAACUGGAACAAGCACAGCGAAACCUCUCGACAGCACCUACCGGACGCAGCAGCAGUGUACUGCCUGCUUGGAAAGCUAUGGCAGGGCCACAAGGACUUGAACAAGGCAGUGGAUUGCUAUGUGGAUUCACUGAAACUGAAUCCGUUCAUGUGGGAUGCUUUCCUCGGGCUCUGCUCUACUGGCGUCAACAUCCGCGUCCCCAACAUCUACCAACUCAGCCCGGAACUCAUGUCCAUCAUAUCCGCAUCCCCAGAUGAUCUGGAUUCUGUACCCGGUGUCUUUCCACCAGCCGAAGGACCUUUCCCCGCACAAGCCACCGGACACCUCGGGGGUGAUCCAUUCAUGGUCCCUGCUGCACGUGGCGACGCAGAUUCGACCUACGGAAGCUCAGCUCUCUGGGAGAAAUUCAAUGGAAGCUCCGUCAGUGUUGCUACGGUAGCGGCCCCGGUGAUCCAUGAGGGAAUGGAGACACCCAGCGGGCAGAGUAGUGGCUCGGAAGAGUUCCGCAUCGCGAAUGGCGUCACGGACCCAGACUCUGCUUGGGAGCCACCAUUGGCACCGGCAAGGAGGAAUCGCACAAUCCAGUCCAUGAGCAUGGACCACACGGGUCAACCCCUCCUAAGAUGCGACCAACUGGUAGAGCCUCCGCCCGCCCCGCGCUUCGGUGAUCGCAAACGCACCGUGUCUGGCCAAGUUGCCCACCCCAUCCCUCCUCAACCGACCGAGCCCGGUGCCCCCCAGCGUCGCAGCGUCAGACUCUUCAAUCAGAUUAAGCCCACCACAAGCAAGCUUUCCACUGCUACACUCACGGGCCGGGAUGGCCGUGAAGUGAAGAAAGUACGAAGUGCCCACGCCAAGGGACGUCCUGCCACAACGUCUACUGUGGGCCGGGUGGUGAGCGGUAAUCGCAAACAUGUCGAAUCAGCCGACAAUGAUGGCAAGGAGCCCCGUGCUACAUCUAUCCCUUCUACCUCCAGUGUUCCCCCUCUUCCUCGGAAUGCGGAGAGAACCAAAGAGCUUGAAGCCUUGAAUUGGCUUUUGGGGCUGUUCACGAAACUUGCCUCUGGGUACAGCGCAUUGAGUCGGUACAAAUGCCCCGAGGCUGUACAGCAUUUCAAUUCUCUUUCACAGGGUCAACGAGAGACCCCGUGGGUCUUGGCCCAGCUUGGCCGAGCCCACUUUGAACAGGCGAUGUACGCAGAAGCUGCACAAUACUUCUCCCGUGUCCAAACUCUGGCACCCUCGCGAGUUGAAGACAUGGAGAUUUACUCGACCGUUCUUUGGCACCUCAAGAAUGAUGUCGAACUGGCAUAUCUGGCACACCAACUGCUAGAGAUCGACCGAUUGUCGCCUCAGGCUUGGUGUGCUAUCGGCAACUCUUUCUCCCACCAGCGCGACCAUGACCAGGCCUUGAAAUGCUUCAAGCGCGCCACCAUGCUGGAUCCUGAGUUUGCCUAUGCCUUUACACUCCAGGGUCAUGAGUACGUUGCCAACGAAGAAUACGACAAGGCCCUCGAUGCCUAUCGCCACGGUAUCAACGCCGAGAACCGCCACUACAAUGCCUGGUACGGCCUGGGUACGGUUUACGAUAGGAUGGGCAAGCUCGACUUUGCCGAGCAGCACUUCCGCAAUGCGGCCAGCAUCAACCCAACCAAUGCCGUCCUCACCUGCUGCAUCGGCUUGGUCCUGGAGAAGAUGGAUAACUCCAAGAACGCUUUGAUUUACUAUGAGCGUGCUUGCUCAUUGGCACCGCACUCGGUGCUGGCUCGUUUCCGCAAGGCCCGCGUCUUGAUGAAACUCCGGGAUUACAAGUUUGCAUUGGCAGAGCUGAAGGUCUUGAAGGACAUGGCUCCCGAUGAGGCCAACGUACACUACCUACUGGGUAAACUGUACAAGGUUCUUCACGAUAAGGGUAAUGCCAUCAAACAUUUCACUGCCGCUUUGAACUUGGAUCCAAAGGCUGCACAGUACAUCAAAGAUGCGAUGGAGUCCUUGGAUGACGACGAUAUGGAAGAUGACGACAUGGCAUAA